AUGGCCGCUGAAGGAUUCCCAGUACGAAUUCUGCCCACACUCGACCCCGCAAGGCAGAAUGCUUUCAUCCAGCCCUGCAAGAAGAUCAACGAAGGUGGUGAUGUUUCGGAAUUUUUAUGCUCUAAAGCUUACGUUGAUAUCAUGACCUUUUUACUCCAGCUGAACCGCUCGAUGUUUCCCGCCAAACGACCGGAUGGUGGCGUGCAGACCUGGCCGUUGAACUCGGAUGCUGUCGAGUUUUCUGCUCCUGUCCGGCAGCUGCAACAAGUCCUUUCGAAACUGGAAGCGAUCAUUGAGGAGGCCCCGCCAGAUACAGGACCGCGAAGAUUUGGAAAUAUUAGUUUCCGGAAAUGGUACCAGAUUGUGGAGAGCCGAGCUUCGAGUCUCCUCGAGGAGUGUUUGUCACCCGAUGUACUCCAGGCCCGGUCAUCGGAUCCAAACGGUCCUACCGCUGAGGUGGAACUGAAGGCUUAUUUCUUGGGAAGUUGGGGAAGUUCUCAACGCUUAGAUUAUGGGACGGGCCAUGAGCUCAACUUCCUGGCUUUCCUCGCGGGAAUCUGGAAACUGAAUGGGUUUCCCAAGAAUACUCCCGGGAUCGAGGAGAGAGCCAUUGUUUUAGGCGUGAUACAACCGUACAUGGAGCUUGUGCGCACCAUCAUCAAGACAUACACUCUGGAGCCUGCAGGCUCCCACGGAGUUUGGGGCUUGGACGACCAUUCCUUUAUCCCGUAUAUAUUUGGCUCCGCACAACUAGCACCAGCUCUGGCAGAAUCGGACCGAGUACCUGAAGAGGGUUCUCUGCCCGAGGCGCCAGACCCCAAAGGAGUUGCCAAAGCGAGCAUUGUCGAGAGGGAGCGCGGAAGUAAUUUGUAUUUCUCUGCCGUUGGGUUCAUCUACGACGUGAAGAAGGGUCCAUUCUGGGAGCAUAGUCCAAUGUUAUAUGAUAUAUCUGGGAUUCCUACAGGCUGGGCUAAAAUAAAUAAGGGUAUGAUCAAGAUGUAUAAUGCGGAAGUGCUUUCUAAAUUCCCCGUGGUGCAGCAUUUCCCAUUCGGUUCUCUCUUAAGCUGGGAUCGUGACCCAAAUACUAUACCCCCACCAUCUACUACUCAUAUCUCACCCGGUCCUCAAGUUCGGCCCCAGACCGCUGCUCCUUCUCCCUCCGCGACCCAGGCGCCGGGGACACAAGCACCCUGGGCCUCUGCAUCGCAAACUAUUCCACAGAACGGUACUGCUGCUCCUUGGGCGACUGGACGAGGACUAGGAGGAGGGCCAUCUGCAUCUAGGAUACCACCAACACUCUCCGAUAUGUCCACGUUGUCACCCAGUUCAAUGGCACCGACUCGAGCUCCCUGGGCAAAUCCGCAGCCCGCCGGACCUCCGAUUGAUGACAGCAAAGGGGAUGUCACCACAAAAGCCCCUUGGGCAAAAUAG